UCAAUUCAUCAAUUGCUCCAGACACCUGGACGUAAAAAUUGAACUUCAAUUUAAAUAAACAGAAUAAACUUUCAAUAAUCCGAGUCAUUAAAAAUGAUCAGCAUUAAAUUAUAUUUUCUGGUUGGGUUCAUUCUUCACGCUCAUGGGGAACACAUUUUAAUCCCAGACGUCCCAUAUGGGUCACAUCCCGAACAAAUCAUGGACAUUUACCUGCCUUCCUCUGAAAAUAGCGUGGUCUCCAAAGUGGUCGUACUAGUGCACGGUGGGGCUUGGUUUUCCGGAGAAAAAGCAGACAUGCUGGAAUUUGUCCCGUUUCUCGAAAGAGAUUUUCCUGACUAUUGUAUCGCCAAUAUGGAUUAUCAAUUAGUAAUUGCAGGAACUCAUGAAAGUCCAGGAUUCCCUAAACAAGUGGACGACCUGGACUUGGCCUUGACCUAUCUCCGUGGCACUUUCACGAACAAUGUUACGUUCGCCUUGUUCGGAACCAGUGCGGGAGCCCAUCUCUCAAUGUUAUAUUCUUACUCGAGGAACGUUACCGACGUUAAGAUUAUCGUUUCCCACGUUGGUCCACCCGACCUGACGGAUCCUUCGUACGUUGGGAAUCCCUUGUAUAACGGAUUAUUCUAUAAUCUAGUCGGUCCAUGUUUGUAUGCUGAAUGUCCCGACCUUUAUAACGCGACAAGUCCACUAGUUUAUGUAAAUGAGCGAUCCGCAAAAACCAUUGGAUUCUAUGGCGACUUUGACCUUCAAGUGCCCUCAACACAGAUGCCGCUGUUAAGAGAAAAACUGGGCUCAUUCGGAGUUACGAAUAAAUUUAAGGUAUAUCAAGGUGGGCAUGGGUGGAAUUGGUCGGAUGCCGAUAAAGAAGAUUUAAGGGUGGAGAUUACCCAAUUUUUUAAUGAAAAUUGGUAACUUUUCAGGUUUUGGUAAAUUAUAUUUUGCAACGAUUGGUAAUGUAAUUGGCAAAGCAAAAUUUAAUAAGAAUGUAUGUAUGUAAGUAGCAAAUUUUUAGGCAAUUUUAAUACUAAGCUGUUUCAACUUUAACAUAACAAUCAAUACCUGCCUGAUUCAACUAUAUUAUUAAAUUUGAGUUUAUUCGUUUCA